UUUCUGAGGCUAUCACUUCCAAGAUGAGGUUCUACGCGGUACUAGCUGCUCUCGCACUUGUCGUAAUCAGCCACGCUGAGGCGAAUGAGGCAGUCAACUCGGUCCAGGAUACCAUCGCAGAUACCAGGAGAAUUCUUGAGGAAUACAGGCUUCACUUGAAGAAUAUCCAGCGUUAUUUCAUAGAUCUUUACCAAUUCAGGAAGGAAAACGCCACCAGUGUUGCUGAUUCUAGUGUACAGGAACUGCAACCCAAUUUCGAAGCAGCUGAGGAACUAGGAAAAGACGCAAAUAAAUGCCGCAAACCAUUGAAUGUAGUAGUCCAACGAGCCCUGGAAACCCACAUGACGAGAACAAACCUGUGUGAAGACGCAAAUCUGCCCAACUUCUCAGCCCUGCGGCGUCUAGUUGGCGAGUUGCUGAACAAAGGAGAUCAGUUACAGUCACAAGUUCAGAGGAAUGUUGAAGGUUGUAAGAAUGAGACGAACUACGAUGGAUGUCUCGCUGAGAGGACAAACUCACUCAAGGCUUCCGUGCUAAUCUGGAAAUCAGAGGUGACGCAUAUGAGAAGCAAGGAGGCCACAGACACCGCUACAGCCAAAAGACAAAUGCCUUUAUGCUUGAGAGCGUCAUUCACGAGAUUUACACUGCAGUUGAACGCUGUCAACCAAAUCGUCAGACUGUGCAUCAAUGCGCUUGUGGAAGUGUCUCCUUGAGUGCUACUGAAAAAUCCAGAAAACUCAGACUUUUCUUGUCGAGUGGAGCUUUUUAAUUUGAAAGUUAAUUUCUCAAGUUGCUAAAAGAAUUGAUGUUAUUUUUAAUUUCUCGCAUUACUAUUUAUCGGUGCAUAAACUAUCUAUAUUGCAUUUAAGGAUAAAAAUUUGUCAAUUUUGUCAAAUGUUUUCUAACGGUUCAAUAUCGAGACUCAAAUUCAGAACCUGUGACGUUUGAAUAAUAUAAUCGUUUUUAAAUUUAGGGUCAAAUGGGGCAAAAGUAGACGCAUUUUAUUCAUCUACUAUUCAAGUCAUGUAAGUGGCCUCGGCUCUUCGACUGUUACCCCCCAAUAAAUAA